AUGGAGUCAAUUACUUUUGGCUUAAGUUUUACCGCAGCUGUUACCUACGCGGCCAAGUUAUCUACUGUCACUACGGAUACCAGCAUCCAAGGCAUGUUGGGAGGGCUAUAUUACGGAGUCGGCAAAGGAGUUGGCAGUUUGGUGAGAGGAUACAUGAUUAAGCCGGUUGGAAUCCGAUCGACGAUUCAAUUUUUCGCCCUGGCUACAACCUUUACUUGA